CUCUUCCAUCUCUUGUAUUCUGUUGCUGAUGCUCGUAUCUAUGGUUCCAGAUCUCUUUCCCAGGGUUUCUAUCUCCAGCAUUGCCUCACUUUGGGUUUUCUUUAUUUUGUCUACUUCCCUUUUUAGGUCUUGGAUGGUUUUAUUCAAUUCCAUCGCCUGUUUGGUUGUGUUUUCCUGCAAUUCUUUAAGGGAUUUUUGUGUUUCCUCUUUAAUGUCUUCUACCUGUUUAGUUAUGUUUUCCUGCAAUUCUAUAAGGGAUUUUUGUGUUUCCUCUUUAAUGUCUUCUACUUGUUUAGCAGUGUUCUUCUGUAUUUCUUUAAGUGAGUUAUUUAAGUCCUUCUUGAUAUCCUCUACCAUCAUCAUGAGAUAUGCUUUUAAAUCCAGGUCUAGCUUUUCAGGUGUGUUGGGGUGCCCUGGACUGGGCGAAGUGGGACUGCUGGGUUCUAAUGAUGACCAGCGUAUUACUGGGCAGGCAGAAGUGAAGCUGAGAGCCUUUUUGGGAGAUUAUGAUGGGAGUCAGAUGGAAGAAUGCUGUUUCAAGAUUCUGCUGAACAUCUGGUUCAAUGGUACAGCCAAUCAUCCACAUGAGGCGAACAUCUCACAGGGUGCCCUGUUUAUACUGCAGAAUUUCAGCAUAUAUUUGACAACUCUACUGAAAGGAGAAGCUGAGGUGCACAUAAUAUAGCCAAUAACUUGCCCUGGAAAUAAAAAGCAAAUAAUUGGCUUUCU